CAAACUGCUGCAUAAAUCGCGGAUAAAUUUUCAUUAGUAACCAUGUUUCGUUGUUCACCGUCAGCUUAUUAAGUUUUUGUCGACUACUGUCAACAUCUCCACGUCAUGGGGCUUCUCAGUUUGAUGAGAUUUCAUUCAAUUAGUCACCGAACGAAAUACUAAUACCAUCCAUCAGUCCUUCACCCAUUCAUUGUUUCAGGGAAGAUACGGAAACAUCGACGGAACCGCAAAAAUUACAAGUUUUGCCUCUGAUAUCGGUUUUUCCUCUCCUCUCAUUGCUUUAAAAUCCAAUCAAGUCCAAUCAAACCUGUUUCAGAAGUUGCUUUGUUUUUUUGGUCUGAUACAGGUGAUAGAAAGACAACGACAGCUAAACGCGGAAGUGAGCAGUUAAUUACAGGUAUUCACAGGUAUCCAAAGCAAAAGAAGCCCCCGCACGGAAAUCGUAUACAGGCGAAUUCAUUGAUUAAAAAGGGAGAGGAAAGAAAAAUAUGAUGGAAAACAUAGGGUCUCCUAUUCUUACUCAAACAACCACAGCAAAGCCUCAAAACAACGAUGGGAUUUCCUGGUGGUUUAAAUUCAUGGCCAAAGGCGUUGGAGUGUUUGGAGGUCUAGUUGCCAUGGCAUCUGGAGUGGUAACGUGUGUCACCUUGACAGCAGCAUGCCUAGCUGCUGGUAUAGCACAACUAUGUGUUGGAUUUGUAACAGUUGUCUUUGAAGGACCCUGCUGCUGCCCUUUUCUGGAUUUUAUUACUCAAAUUGGCAAAUUUUCUGAUAACAGACCACACUGGCAAAAAGCAAUGUUCUACACACUGAGUUCCUUGAUCCCUAUUGUGAUGUGUUUCUCCCUAAGUACAGUAUUUGGCUGUUGUCUGGUGUUCGCGACUGGUGUAUUGUAUGGGAUCAUGGCAUUGGGGAAAAAAGCUGACCGGACUGAGAUGAUUCAGAAAGCUCGACAGGACGUAGAAAUGACCGACACUUUAAUUGACCACAUAGAAAAGAAUCCAGAGAUAGUCAAUUCACUUCAGACUCUACCAAAAUAGAAAAUUCUUCAGCUCAACAUCUGCAACCGAUGGACCCCAAACCCUUCCCCCACCUCCACCCCCAGUCCCCACACCCGCCUCUGACUUUGACCCCGUUCCUGACCCUGUUCUUGACCUCAUAUUCACCUCCACCACCAAUCCACUUCAAAUACCAUGGUGGUCCUACAGAAGGAUUUGCCACCAAAUUCCUUCCUUAAUGCCAACGGGGGGGGGGUCGUCAUAUGGAGGGCCGGGCUAAAUGCAAAACACAACUUGUCCAGAUGCCCCCCCCCCUCUCAGUCUCUUAGUGUAGUAUCGGAUUUUAUCAGCUACAGAAAAAUCUACAACACACAACAACAACAACAAUAUAAAAACAAAAUUACAAAAGUGAUAGAUUUGUGAUGAAAACUGAUAUAUAUAUGUAUACAUAUAUAUAUAUAUAUAUAUAUAUAUACACACACACAUAUAUACAUACACAUUGUUACAUAUAUACAUGUGUGUGUGUACACAUACACACAUAUAUAUAUAUAUAUAUAUAUAUAUAUAUACGUAUGUAUGUAUGUAUGUAUGUAUUGCAGUUGUUUAUUAAAUUACCUGUGAAAUUAAGUUGAUUUUUUAAACUCAGAAUCUGAAGAAAUUCUUAUAUUUCUCUCAUCGUGGUUCUUGGGUUUUGGUGCAAGAACAACAAAACAAAGAAAAAAAAAGCUAAACGUUGUGAAAAAAAAAGAAAAAACUCAAAAAAAAAAAAAACCCCUGUUAAACAAACACAGAAUUCUUACAUUUCAUUGUCUUUCUUCAUUCAUUGUGUUGUGUUGCUCCCUCAUUCGUCCCCUGCCCCUUAGGUAUUGACUUGCUAUAAUUGAUAACAGCAAUAGGAAGUGGGCUGAUAACCAGUUGUGAAAAAUAUCUUUCAUUCAAUAAUAUUUCAAUGUACAAAUUUGUGAACUCAUCCAACCCAUGCUUGUCUGGAAAAAGUGGAUGUGAUGCAGUCAAAAAUUAAUCUCAUCAGGGCCAUUUUCUUAUUUUCUUCCAAAUAUUAUAUAAGAUAAGAUGGGAUUUUUUUUUUUUUGUUUUUUAUUGAAAAAAAAAAAAUUUGUUAUUUUCUUCUUUUACAACAAUUUUUUUUUUCAUUCUCCAUUCUAUGCCAUCACUUCCAUGAAGAACAGGACAAAACUCAUUCCAUAUCUUGAAAAUGCAAA